AUGGUAGUCAAAGUUACGCCUCUUGAGGGAAAACCGCUGGGAGCAACCAUCGAGUUGCCGGAGGGUUGCAAUGAUCCAAGUGCAUUGUCAGAGGAGGAUUUCAAGACCUUGUAUGAAGCCGUGCACAAAUAUCUAGUCGUCGUCAUUCCCGGAAUGGAAAAUUUAGAACCAGAAUCGCAAUGGAAAUUGACAAAAAGAUUUGAUCCGACAUGCGAUCAACUGGGUGGUGCCUAUGGGCAUGGGAAAGAGUUUAGGCACGAGAAUUCUGUGCUGAAACGCGAUGGGACCUCAAUUCCUGGUCAGCCUCAGGUACAGGUUUUGGGCCAAGGAACAUGGCCAGCAGGCCAUCACGGCUUGGGCGAGAUUGAGUUGAGGCACCCAACGCAUUUCGAUUUUCACCACGAUCCGCUCACCGAAAAACAGGCGUUCGAAGAAGAUUUGACUCGUUUUUACAGAUGGCACAUCGAUUCCGCCUUGUACGGACUAUCGCCCCCAGUUGCAACAACGUUACUAGGGAUUCACGUCCCGCCGCACUCCAGAAAACAAAAAAUCUUGUAUGAGGAUAACGGUGACGUUCUGGAUGUCACCCAGGGUGCGACGGCUUUCAUCUCAGGAGCCAAUGCAUUCAAGCUUCUUUCUCCCGAAAUGCAAGAAAGGGCAUUAGGAACAACGGUCGUGUAUGCUCCUCAUCCUUACAUUUUCAUCUCUCCAGCCAGGGCGACUUCUGAUGGGUUGACAAUGGUAUCUGAAGGUAAAGAAACGCCACUUGAUCAGUUACCACCAUGGGAAGAGUCCAAAAUCAAAAGACUACCUUUGGUGUGGACCAACCCGGUUACCAAAGAGCACCAUCUUCAAGUGCAUGGCUGUUGUUUGAAUGGGCUUGAACUACCUGAUGGCACUAAGUUGGGUUUAGAAGAAGCUCGCAAAGAAGUACACAAAAUGAUGAGGCCUGCCAUUGCGCCUGACAAUGUUUACGCGCAUUCUUGGAAUAAAGGCGACCUUGUCAUUUUCUUUAACAGAGGUGUUUGGCAUGCAGUAACAGGCCAAUUUAAGCCUGGCGAGAGACGACUAAUGCAUCAGUGUAACAUUGCUUCUGGUUUAGAUCCUUACACUGCUAAACAGGCGCAAGGAGCAGCUGCUUGA